GAGGCCUGGGAGCAGAGAACAGACACAGCACAUCAGGAACAGUGCAGGCCUCAACCCCCGCCCCAAACGCACGCUCCCAGCACACACGGGGAGCAGGGAUGGUGGCUGGUGGCCACAUGACCCUGCAGAACCAAGGUGAGGUGAGAAACGUGCCUGGCCUGCAGAAGCUGGCCCACCACUUCAUCACAACUGAUGGGAGGAGGCGGCAAGGGGGCUGGCACAGAGCCCUAAGGACCCCCACACUGCCGGAGUGACCCUCCUGCCCGCAGCCAGGCUCUGUGGGGCAGCACACUCCCCUCGCUGGGGUAUGGCGGGUGAUGAGCUUGCUCGGUGAGCACAAGGCUGGCGCAGCAACCACUUUACCCCUUCAAAAGGCCAAAUGCCAUAAAAACACCUAAACUGAACCUUUCCAUGGUUAAGUCAUGAAGUGGCUGCAGAAAGAAAACCACCAGGUACAUUCCCAAACCUGACAUGAGUGUGUUGCGGUUCUGAAAAGCUCUUGGAGUCAUUCUGCUGCGUGUGGCAGCAACUGUCACAUCAACGAAGCCGAUUGCAGACUCCACCUAAUAAACGUAGGCAGCAGCUGAGAGCUGCCAGCGCAGAGCGGAACAGUGCUGUUGGCACACUGCUUUCAAAGCCACUGAACAUUAGUAGGUGUCCUUACUAUUUCGGAUGUGUUCAAAGCACCGCCGUGCUUGGAAACAUCCCUCCCGUUUGUUUGACAGUUCAGGUAGAAAUAAAAGCAUCUUGACAGAAGGGAAUGGAAAAAAAAAAUCUCACAUUCAUUUUUCUAGGAACUAGAUUUAGUUGUGAUUUAAGGGCAACUUAAAUAGAAAGUAGAAGGGAUGAAGAGGCAAUAGAACAGCUGAAUAAGAUUCUGCAUGAAAACGGGGCAAGUGCAAAUUUGUUUCCACGUGCCAGCAAAGUGGUUCCUCCAGCUGCAGAGCAUCCAGCUGCGAGGACAAGAUAGAAACCCACAACAGAUGGGAAACCCAGACUGGGAAAUUAAGGGACUAAUGUGCCAUAAUUGGUAUCUUAGGACCUGCAUGAAUGAAGUAACCUCUCAGCACUGCACGGCCCAGAUUUCCCCCAUGUCUGAGAAAGCACCAGAUUGUAUCAGCCUUGAGCGGUAGAACGAGGCUUCUUCAAAGUUCCUGUCCACUCACCACAGAUACUGAAUGAAACAGCCUGCAUGAGGCUCAUGCAGAUGAAUCACCCACACAAACCUGAAUCGCUACCUCACGCUCUGGAUUGGAAUUUAAAACAGGCAGGAGAUGAUUCCCAGCCCCUUCUGGGAGCCGCGUGGCACAAGGAGGCGGCAGAAGCGGCGGGCGGCAACGCACCCAGAGCGGAAGGGCCCGAGUCACGGUGGGCUCCACGGCCACGCUCCUGCUGCCAGGUCUCAAGCAACCCGGAGCCGCUAAGGGAGCUGCUUCCUCCGGGGCAGAGCGGGGGCUGGCGCCUGCCACUCCACACACCUACUUCCUGCAAUCCUGGCAAUUACCAAUAGUGUAAAACCUAGUUUCUGACGUGGCUGACUCAGCAAGGGCUUGGCUCAAAACAAAUACAUACGCACAAGUGCAGCCUGGAAGCAGUGACAGGAGGCACAUGAAGAGAAGGAGCUGUUGUGGGUUUUCAGCAUUCCGGGUCCAACCUGGCUGGACCGUCCUCAGACCUGCUCCUACCAGCGUCCCAGCGAGCUGGUGAAGGUGGCGGUGGCAGUUCUCCCAGUGCUUCAGCAGCUUCUCCUCUCCGCCUGUUGGACUCAGGUGCUGCUCCAACACAGCGUAAGUCUAUUUUGCACUCAAUUUUCCUAAUGCUUGUCUUUUACAUAUGCGGUUUUUUGCUUUUUACACUUCCAUUUGACUAUUUCUUUGGUUUUCUUCGGUGCGACUGAGUCACCGUCUCCCUUCCCAACCACCCACUGAGAUUUUUAUACCGUGCCCUUCCCCACGAAGGUGGCUGGUUACCAUGGUACCAAAGUGCCCUUCUGUUCUAGAUGCUGGAUUAAAUCUGUUCUCAUGGUGACUGUGUGCCUUUGCUAUUCUUCACCAGCUUGCUUCUGCAGCACUGAUUUAUCAAGCUCAGACAUCGCUGUUCCUCUCCACUGAAGGAGGAGGCUCCUUAACAUCUAAGACAGGCCAAUUGCUCUUUAACACUGGGACGUAGCGUGGUUUGCAUUUCCUGCAAUACCAGCCUCUCUGUUCUCCUUCCAGCUACGGGAACAGGGAAGGAAGAGGUUGUUCCUGUGGUGUGGCUUGCUGCUGAUCCUCUGCCUUAAGUCCAACGCCUGACCGUGAGGAGUUUGCAGUUGCUUCCUCCUCAUUGCUCCCAGCAGCAUGGAUACUUGGCGGAGAGGGUCCAUUAAGUCCACAACGUUCUUCAGACGUUUCUCACUCCGGAGACACAAAAAGCUGGGCAACCAAGUCAUCAUCCUCAACCAGAACAGCCACACUCUGGACAGUGAUGGACAGUGCCAGAAGAGGGAAUGCUUGAGGGAUCUGAAGGACAAGUCUGAUUACCUGUCGUGUCAGAGUGAGCAAAAUCUGGCCAAGGCACAAGCACCUCCCAAGCCCCCCCGGCUGUACCUGGACAGUUCUAGCUGCCCUAACAUCAUCGAUCACACAGAUUCUCAUUCUGACAUCUCCUUUUCUGGUGCUGCUCACCAAUACCACAAAGCCACUCAAACUCAGUUCCACAAGGACCAGGCUACAGACUGCGGGAACUCAGAGGCAGCUUCCCAGAAUGGCACUGCUCUUCCUGACCUGUCUGACCCCUUCCUGUCCUUCAAAGUGGAUUUGGGCCUAUCGCUUCUCGAGGAUGUUCUGCAGACCCUCAGGAAACAGAACCCAAGAGAUUAUGCCAUCUGAAGGUAUUUCUCAUUUAACGUGUCCCAUUUACUGACUGCUGCUACCAGUUUCUCUAGCCCCAGCUGGAGCAUGGACGCUGCAGCAUUCCCAUUGCGUGUAGCCCGUUUCGCUGCUCCCACCUUACCCCCCAGACUGUCCCCAUCCCUGCCCAGAAGCCCUUCGGAGCAGAGCUCCCAGGCUUCAUGCUCGGACAAAAGCACAAUCUGCUGGAGCCUCCUGGGCAAGUUCCCAUUCUCCACGCCGGGAAUUUCCCACUCUUGACUGUGCACCUCCUCCUCGGGGAGGAAUGGCAUAUGUUUGGCAAAAGACUUGUUAUUUUGGGGAUGUGGCUGUGACACUGCGGAACACGGACAGGAAGGGGUAUGGCACACAUCAUCUGUGGAUCAGAGGCAGCUUCCAAGGAGACAGCAGCACUUCAUCUUAAAGCCAUAGCUGUGGCAAGGGUCAGAAGUCACAAACUGGUGUUUCUUCUCCCACCAUGUCUGGAUAUGACAAAUCAAAGCUGCUCCUUUUUUUUUUUCCUUGUGGGUUUCUUUUCCCCUAACUCAAGUGCAGUUGGCACUCCAAGCCUGGAAACAGGUAAGCAUCCAUGUAGGCUUGUGACACAGCAACAGCAGUUUAUUUAUCCCACUAGCAGGAGAAGAAAUUUCUCUAGAUACUGCUGCUUGAAGCAUGCACUGAUCUAUCAGCUGUACAGAUAUGGAAGAAUAAAUGUAUCUGUGACUGGAAGCGUCUUGUUUCCUCAUUUCAUUGGUAACAAGCCAGAGCGAGCUCAGGCACCAGGAGCACAGGUCCCUUCUCUGUAUCCUCUGGCGCUUCAGGUUUUUUGAGGGGGGAAGCAGCGUGGCUCUGCUCUUCUGGGCUGGGAGAAGGCUGGAGCUGCUGGUACUUUAUCUUCCCCUGACGAGAGUGCAUGCAGCUCUGGUCGAGAGCCAGCAUGGAAACGAGCAGUUGUUCACCCCGUGAGCUGGACCAUGGGGAAGGCUCGGCCAGGCUGAGGACACUUUAGGCAGCACUGGGGCAAACUAUUAAAAGGACACUGCAGAAGCUACUGAGUCACCAAUUCUUACCUUCUUCAUGGCUAGACUAGAUACUAGGGCUCUUUUUAAAAAUUAAAAAA